AUGAAUCACACGCUGGUGAUGGAGUUUGUGCUAGUGAGUUUCAGCCGGAGCCUGCUCCUACUGAGGCUGCACGCCCUGCUCUUCACAUUCAUCUACCUGGUGGCCUUUCUGGAGAACUCAGCCAUCAUCCUUCUCACUCUCCUGGACCAGCACCUCCACACCCCAAUGUACUUCUUCCUCAGACAUCUGUCCUUCUUAGACCUGUGUCUCAUUUCUGCCACACUCCCCAAAUCCAUCCUCAACUCCCUCACCCUCAAGGACUCCAUCUCCUUCCUGGGCUGUGCUGUUCAGCUUUUUGUGGUGAUAAUGAUGGACAGCUCAGAGGUGGGUAUCCUCACCGCCAUGUCCUGUGACCGCUAUGUAGCCAUCUGCCGUCCCCUGCAUUAUGAGACUAUAAUGAGCAGGGGAGUCUGUAUCCAGCUUCUGGUUAUUUCCUGGGUCAGUGGAGGGGCCUUGGGCAUCUUGUACUCUGCAGCAACAUUCUCUUUGACAUUUUGUGGGUCCAAUAAAAUACAUCAGUUCUUCUGUGAUGUCCCUGCCCUAUUGAAGCUCACCUGCUCUGAAGAAUUUACAACUAUUGACAUCAGUAUGGCCAUCGGGAUCUGUUAUGCAUUUGCAUGUUUGGUUUGCAUUGUGGUUUCCUAUGGGUAUAUUUUUUCCACUGUGUUAAAAAUCCCAUCCAGACAGAGUCAGUCCAAAGCUUUUUCCACCUGCCUGCCCCAUCUUUUUGUGGUGAGUACUUUCCUGCUAACAGGAGCUGUAGCUUAUUUAAAACCAGCCGCUGAUGCUCCUUCUCUAAUAGACCUAUUGGUGUCUAUGUUCUACUCAGUGGUUCCCCCAACCUUGAACCCUAUCAUCUACUGUUUGCGUAACAAAGACAUUAAGUUGGCUCUCAGUAAAGUCUUGGGGAAUGUGAGAAACAGUGGAGUGAUGAAACAAUGA